AUGGGUUCUCAAUGUUCUCAAUGUAAUUGUGAUAAGAGAACAUUUGAAAUAUAAGUAACAUAAUUAUUAAUUAGGAAUGUGUAUCAAUUCAAACUACUAGUUCUAAAACACAAAAGACAUGGAUGAUAAAAAAUAAAAUGGCAACUGUUAUCUAAAAAUAUUGGAGAGGUUAUAUUGUUAGACGUAAGGUUGAUGAUCAAAAAAUACUUUAUGCUUUUGAAACUGAAACUGUUGAAAGUGGUAUUACUAUAAAUCAUGAUGAUUAAACUAGAAUUGAAAAACCUACUUAUACGUAUUCUAUUUCAAUAUUUAGAUUCCCUGGAGGAGCUACUUAUACAGGUGAAUGGAGAGGAAAUUCAAGGGAUGGAUAUGGAAUCCAAAUUUGGUCAGAUGGUGCUAAAUAUGAGGGUGAAUGGAAACAUAAUAAAGCUCAUGGAAGAGGUAAAUUUACUCAUAUUAAUGGGGAUAUUUAUGAAGGAGAAUGGGAAAAUGAUAUGUCUAAUGGAUAUGGAGUCUAUAAACAUAUUGAUGGUCCAAAAUAUGAGGGAGAAUGGUUUAAUGAUAAGUAACAUGGAUAUGGUAUUGAAUUAUGGCCUGAUGGCUCUUAAUAUGAAGGAUAUUAUUAGAAUUCUUUAAAGCAUGGUAAAGGUAAGUAUUAAUGGAGCAAUGGUUAAAAAUAUGAAGGAGAUUGGGUUGAAAAUAAAAUAUCAGGAAGGGGAAUUUUAAUUUGGACAGAUGGAAGAAAAUAUGAAGGAGAUUUCUAUCUUGGUAAUAUGAAUGGUAGAGGUAUAUAUAUUUGGCCAGAUGGAAGAAGAUAUGAAGGAUAAUAUCUAAAUGAUAAAAAACAUGUAUCUUUUUUAAUAUAUAUAAAGGGUUAUGGUAUUUAUGAUUGGGGUGAUGGUAGAAGAUAUGAAGGAGAAUGGGAGAAUGGUAAGUAACAUGGUAAAGGAUGUUUUUAUAUGAAUAAGAAAGGAAAAUAUGGACUAUGGUGUAAAGGUAAACGGAUAGCAUGGGAUGA